UUUGUUUACUUUCCUUGAUUAGACACUCGUCAUUUUCAUUAUGUACGAAUGCUGUAUGCUUCCUUUGAAAUAAACUAUAAAAUAAUUGAAAUUGUACUAAUUAUGAUAUUUUGCAGUUGUCCAUAGAAAUGGAUUAAUUGUUUUGAAUCUACAAUGAGUUUACUAUUUGCGUUUUUGUGCGCUCUUUACGAAAUUAACAUAGGUCAUAGGUCGUCGUCUAAAAGAUAAUGGAGCUAGGAAACAUUGUGUAGGAAGAAAAAGUCGAAAAUGGCUGAGAAAGGAGCCCAUUUGACCGGAACAGCAUUUAUAAAGCCUUCUAUUUUUGAAAUUAUAGCGCAGGAAUCGUUGGCGUCCGUUGUCGAGCCGUCUUUCAAAAAAUUUUUAUCGUUCGUCAUAUCAUUUAACGUUGAAAGAUACGGUCAUCUUCUUAGAUGGACAGACGAAGUCUAUUUAAUUUUUAAUAUAUUUCUGCAGCGGUAUUAUUUGAACAAGUACUCUGCUUCAUUCUCUGAAACAUUCUAUGGUUUGAAACGUAUAACUGUAGCAGAUUCAAAGAUUAAAAGCAGGAUAUCAAACAAACAGAAAUAUCUCUCUUUAGUGUUGACUGUUUUGUUUCCUUAUAUAAAAUCCAAGCUUUCUCAUUUAAGUGAAAAAUACAAACUUGAAGAAGUGGAUGGCUGUGCUCCAAAAUCGCGAUGGGAAAAAUUGUACCGUAAUUGCUUUAUCAAAGGAAAUGCGAUAAUUUUUAUGGUGUAUGAAACUAUGAUAUUGUAUAAUUAUAUUCUUUAUAUAUCUGGAAGAUCUGCAUAUACUUCUCCACUUUUGAGGCUUUUAUCUAUCACUUUAACAUAUGCAGAACCAGAAUCAGAAAUUAGCAUUUCUAGUCUAUUAAGAAAGAUUAGGAACAAUUCCUUCUACCUUAGUGAUGGUAUAAAUAUAUUUCAAAGAUUGAUAACUACAUCCUUCGAAUUUGGAGCGUUCUUUCUUCAAUUCUUAUCAUGGUGGACUGAAGAACAUAAUUCAGUCAACUUACUCGCGUUGCCUAUUCCACCACCUCCAAAGAUUCCAGAAAUGGCAAAGAAAUACAAAGGUAUAUGUCCAAUCUGUGGUAAAGCACUCCGAAUACAUACAGUACUUUCAGUAUCUGGUUAUGCGUUCUGCUAUCAAUGCAUCCUUCCCGUAAUACGCAUAAACAAAAAAUGUCCAGUGACAAACUAUCCUGCCAAGGAAGACGACUUGAUACGUUUAUAUUUGGAUUAAAUAAUAAUAUAUAUAUGUAUAUGUUACUAGAAAAAUUGUAUAUAUAAAUAAAAGGUUGUUGUUUUGCAAA